AUGGAUGCCAUGGCAGCUCCGUCCCUCACAGUGCCCGGCCAUUCUGAAACGCAGUGGCGUCGAGCUUUUGCUGCUCGUGAGACGCGCAAACGACCCCACCCAGGGGGGGAAGGGAGCGACUGGAACCCGCCCGCACACAAAGACCAGAGUCCAGACAAAGACAAAGACAGAAAAGACGCGCGCGCUACGAGUGCAAGCGGCUUAGCACAAACGGCUUUCCCGCCGGCAGCUGCCGAGGCGCUCUUGGCACGACGCCGUGCCCUGUCUGAAGUCCCGACUACACGGGAGACUGCUGCACGUGUUGCAAUUUACUAUGCUUCCAAUCGCGAACGCCAACUCCUCGACCGCGGUACUGACUCUGCGAUCUCCGUCACCAUCCCUGCCACCACCGGCGUAGCGGCACGGGCAAGUGGAAUGGCAAGGUGCCUUCUUUGGACUCAUUUCGCCGGCUCUCCGUGCCAUGACGUAGCCUGCAGAGCGCGUUAUGGACUGUCUGGUCGAGCUGGUAUCCUGGCCCCAGUCCUCGCUCGUUCUCGGUGCGGGCAAAGUGAGCAUCAUAUCGACCUAGAUCUCAGCCAAGUUCUGAGGCCCUCGUUCUCUUUCUCUGUUCAGACUGCUCAAGGGCUGCCUCACAACUACGCUCAGCUCACGCCUCUGUGUUACUAG